UUUUUUGUUAUUACUAUCACACUGAUAACCUUGCCCGUGAUAAACUUCUUCAUACAUACUUUGUUCUCAACUUUAGUUUUAAUUAAAUCUUCACAAAAAGUAGACAUGUCAGUUAAAGUCGCCGUAGUGACGGGAUCUAAUAAAGGGAUCGGUUUUAGUAUCGUUAAAGGUUUGUGCAAAAGAUUUGAUGGGGUCGUGUAUUUAACAUCGCGGGAUGAUUCUCGAGGCAAAGCCGCAGUCGCACAGCUCAAUGCCUUAGGCCUAUCCCCGCAUUACCACCAGCUGGACGUCGUCGACCGCGAGAGCGUCCUCAGGUUCAGGGAUCACAUAAAAGAAAAAUAUGGAGGUAUAAACAUACUGGUGAACAACGCCGCCAUCGCAAACAGUGCCGAGUGGUAUAAUUCGUACGACGAAAAUAAAAAUAUUGUUGAAAUAAAUUAUAAAAGCAUAUUAACUAUCCAGGAAUUAUUAUAUCCCUUAAUAAGAAACGGAGGUCGAAUUUUAAACAUUUCUAGUGAUUGUGGACAUUUAUCCAACAUAAAAAAUAAAUACUGGAUCGAUAGAUUAUCGAAUAAAAAUCUGACUUUGAACGAUAUUAAUGAAUUUGUGGAAUGGUUCCUCGAACAAUCGAAGAAUGGAAAUUUGUCCGAAGAUGACAUUGCGGAUAACGCAACAUUUGCAGCGUACAGAGUGGCUAAAGUUGCUGUCAGUGCUUUGACGAUGCUGCAACAGAAGGAACUGGAUGGAAGAAACAUAUGUGUGAACUCCAUGCACCCGGGACUGGUGCGGACCGACAUGACCCUCGGCGCAGGUUUCUACAGCGCGGACGAAGCGGCCGAAACUCCUCUGUACCUUGUGCUCGAAGCCCCCGCCACUCUGAAGGGCUCCUAUGUCUGGUACGAUAAGAGAAUAUUGGAUUGGUUCGAUUACAACGCUGAUUAUUAUUUUAAGACUGACACAUUGCGGAAAUGAUGGAAAUGAGGUUUUAAAUAUAUUUCAAUAUUGUCAUAAGAGAAUUUAAUUUUUCCUUAAGCCUUAUAAUUUGUUGUGAGAUUUUAUUAUUAUAGAUUGGAGCAUGACGUGUUCCUCAAGCCCCACACGAUAUGCUGCUUUGCAACAGACUGUACAUGAGCAUUACAGUACUGAAUGCAUUCUUAAAGCCGUUCUUCUGCAAGUUUUUAACUUUUCCACUUUUGUAUAGUCUCGUGACAUUUCUUAUCUUAAAGGUUUAAUGUAUCUUAAUUAUUUUAAUUUUGAAAUACUAUACUAAGCAGUAAAUAUGAAAACAAGCAAAUAAUAUAGUCUUUGCUUAGCUGCAAUGUUUAUAACUAUAAGCUAGGAAAGCAGCGCGACGAUUUCAAUGAAACCACUGAAUUCAUUAUUGUACCAACAAUUGUUCUAAUGGCCGGCUUUAUGCCUUUGCUCGUUGUUAUUGCACCAUUGUGGAGCAUCAUUAUUUCUUAAACAGGCGUUAACUUCGCUUAAGUUGCCUUAAAAAUAAAGGCGUUAAAUUGUCACAUUAGUCAGAACGGAAUUCACUUUUGUUUUUAAUAUUAUGACAUUUAUAUUAUAACUUGUGUUCAUUGUACAUAUUAUACAAAACUUAUACACCUAAGGAUUAGUUAGCUAUAUCAAUACCUACAUUUAUCUGAUGGACUUUGAUCUUCGACCCUGACCGAGCGCCAAUGUACGACUCAUCAUGAUAACAAUAUUUUUGUGCCGUCAUAUUACUCGUAUAUUUACUUAUUCACAAAGAAUCAUGUCAUUCGGAUGACUUGUCAAAAAUCCAGAAAUAAAAAACGUUUUUUUUUAAUUUCGUACCAUCUUUUUUUAAUGUUG